CAGCUGAGAGGACGUUCAAGAGGCUAUAUUGAGAAAAGGUGAUCGAGAGCAAUAUCAAAUUAGCACCUAUGUUUUAAAAUAGCAGUGAUCGGAGUGAUCAGUGAUGUAAGACGGUAGACUGUCGACCAAUAAUAACGGUGAUUGAAUAAAUUUUAAUCUUAAGUCUAUUUGUUCAAUCAAUGAAGUUGAUCAAAGAGUUUCCUGGUUUAUCUUCAUAAGCUGCGAAGAACUGAUCUUCCGCUUCAUUGCAACUGAAAUCUGUCGAUUGGAAGAGCUGAAUUAGGCCAACGCCAGUGACAAGAUUUCAGGUAAUAACAGAAUUUGAACCCAUAAUAUUUUACUGAACUCGAUAAAUUUGACCUCUUUUUUUUUUUUUUGCAGUUCUGUUAUAAUAGCAAUCUGAUUAGGAGUAAAAGUAGAUUUAACGAGAUCAGUGAAAGGAGUUACAUCACGAUUUGCGCAACAUGAAAAGUUUAGCCUAAAUCUUUCAAGUUCGUCGUUUAAGAUCCGUGCCAAUCUCCUCCAUCCUCAACUAUCCUUGUUCCCGCUUCAUGGUUUACGAUAUCUCUUUAGUGUUUUUGUAUCAUAGAAAACCAAUAUUUUCGAGUUUGCUUUAAUUUAAUGGUAAUUUUGUACGUGGCUAAAAUAACUAAAAAUACCGUGACCGAGCUCCUUUAAGCAACAGUAAAGUUGGAGAUGAAGGAGCUUUCUCUGCUACACAUGAAACUGUAGAGCCAUUUUUCAUGAAAACUCGGACGUCCGUUUCCUGGUGUUUCCCAGGAACCAAACUUCAUAUAUUAAAUAUUAAAUAUUAAAAAUAAAUCCUCGAAAUCUGUUUGUUUACAUAAGGUCUCCGCCAAGAAGCACCCUUAGUCAAGAAGAAAGCAAAGCCCAAAACAGCUUGACUGCCUUGCAUUUCAAAAAGAAAGGUUUUCAACAAAACUAACUUGCAGAAACAUUAAGUACUCUAAUAAAAAGCCAGCUAGAAGAAGAACAAGAAGAAAAAGAAACUAAAAUAUGGAGCAUGACUGAAGGUAGAAGUCAGUCGACAGGUAUUCAGGAGUUAUAUUGUCGGACAGGAGAUGGUGGAAUACAUCAAAAGAUCAUUUUCUCAGCACUGAAUAUUCCACUAUGCAUCACAGCAUUUCUGGGAAAUGUUCUAAUUAUUGUUGUUCUUCAAAAGGUGUCCUUCCUUCAUCCUCCAUCAAAGCUAUUGCUUGGUUGCCUCGCGAGCACCGAUCUUUGUGUGGGUCUUAUUACGCAGCCGCUUUACGUUAGCUUCUUAAUGAUUCCAGCACACUCCAGACUUUGUCACUAUCUUAAUAUUGCUUCAUUCACCGUAGGUUUACUUCUUUGUGGAGUAUCUUUGUUCACACUAACUGCAAUAAGUGUGGACAGACUUCUCGCUCUAUUAUUGAGAAUGAGAUACAGACAGAUGGUAACUCUGAGAAGGGUACGGAUCUUGGUUGCCAGUUUAUGGAUUUCUAGCGUUGCAUUGGCAAUGACAUCAUUCUACAACGUCCGUAUUAGUACGGGCAUCACCGGGGUGAUACUGUUAUCGUGUGUAGCAACCUCCAUUUACUGUUACGUGAAAAUCUAUUACGCACUUCGCCGUCACCAAGCGCGAUUAAGAGAGCGUGUUCAUCAAGGGGAACGGAACGGUGGAGAAAUUCCUGUGAACAUGGCGCAAUACAGAAAGACAGUCUGCACUGCACUCUGCAUGUAAAUAACAUUACUUGCUUGUUAUCUUCCAUACGGUAUAGUCGCAGCCUUGCGUGCAGUUAAAGGUGAGUCUCUCCAUCUCCCUUGGGAUGUAGCGUUGACUCUA